CUCCGUUGUGUCUGUGUCCUGAACAUGCUGCUGCACUGUUUACCCCCUCUCGAGCUGCCAGUUCAUGGUCUUGAAUUUGAAUUUAAAGAGGACUAAGAAAUCACCAAGAUGUCUCUCCUUUUGAUAGAAGCUUUUUAUGGAGGGUCCCACAAGCAGCUCAUGGAUCUGCUGCAUCAAGAAAUUGAAGAUAGCGUUCUGUAUAGUCUUCCAGCAAAGAAAUGGCACUGGAGAGCACGGACGUCUGCUCUGUACUUUAUGCAAAAUAUCCCGCCCAGUGAAAGUUACAGGGUCCUCUUCACAAGCUCCGUGCUUAACUUAGCCGAACUAGUUGCUCUUCGACCAGACCUUGGGAAGCUGCGAAAGAUUUUGUAUUUCCACGAGAACCAAUUGGUUUAUCCUGUUCGAAAAAGUCAAGAAAGAGAUUUCCAAUAUGGCUACAACCAAAUUCUUUCCUGUUUAGUUGCCGAAAUUGUGGUUUUCAACUCUGCCUUCAACAUGGAGUCUUUCCUAAAGUCGAUCGGCUCCUUUCUGAAAAUGAUACCGGACCAUCGCCCAAAAGAUCUAGAAAGUAUGAUCAGACCGAAGUGCAGGGUUCUCUACUUUCCCAUCAGGUUUCCAGACCUCGGUCUGUCUGUGCCACACCAUAGACGCUCUCCUGAGAAAACAACAGACUGUGAAGCUGCCGAGACAUCUUCUCGUAGCACGAGUUUGCCUUCAAACACGCAAAGCGGGACUAAUGAAUCUAUGGAUCCCCAUAUCUCAGAAGAAGAGCAGAAAACCGGGGAACAGACCGAAGAACCAAAUAAUCAGAACGCUUCAGCGAGUGAACAUGUGCCUCAUGAGAUCUCAAGCGCAUCCCCAGCUUUGGAUACGAGCAGAGUUCAUCAGAGGCCUUUGCACAUUGUCUGGCCUCACAGAUGGGAACACGAUAAAGACCCCGAAACCUUCUUUAGCUCGCUGCUGAAGCUGAAAGAACGCGGCUUGCCUUUUAACGUAUCGGUUCUCGGAGAGACGUUCGCGGAUGUCCCAGAUGUAUUUUUAAAGUUCAGAACAACCCUGGGAUCUUCCGUCCUGCAUUGGGGAUAUUUAAGCAGCAAAGCAGAGUAUUUCCGAGUCCUGUCCAUGGCUGACGUUGCCAUUUCAACAGCUAAACAUGAAUUCUUUGGCGUGGCGAUGUUGGAAGCAGUGCAUUGUGGUUGCUAUCCCUUGUGCCCCAAAUCCUUGGUGUACCCCGAGAUUUUUGCAGCGGAAUAUCUGUAUUCGACACCUGAACAGCUCGUAAAGAGACUCCAGAAAUUCUGCACGCGACCCGAUCUCGUCAGAAAGCACCGGUUCCAGGGUGAGAUCGCACGCUUUUCAUGGGAAGCUCUGAGCGGCAGAUUCAGGUCUCUGCUCGCCGCGGAACCCGGGAAAGAUUCGUGACAGAUGGGGCCGAGACACAAACUUGCAGCCCGGAGGCGGAAUUCGUCGAACUUUCCAGAGCGUGGCCCGUAUUUACCUGAUCAGAGAGAGAGAGCGAGAGAGCGAGAGAA